GCUCCCUGAAUUUGCGUCCCGACUCUCAGCGUACAUCCGUACAAUCCGAAACGCAACCAAAAUAAACUGUAGAUACAUCCAACAAGUUUGUAGAGCCACAAGCUUGAUGUAGUCACAUGCUAAGAAUAUGGGACCAAAUACUAACGUUUCGACUACUUUAAUAUACAAGUGAAUUUGUGUAAAAAAAAUAAAACACGUCUUCAAAUGGUGGGAAUAGAUAAAGCGCACUCAUUUCUAAAUGGUAAAACAAAUUAGAAAUACCCUCAAAUAAUAAUCAUCUGAAACAUUUGAUCUCCAAUCCAAAACGUGGGAGUAUAGAGCGAAAUUUACACCGUUUAGCUUCACUGUCCAAAUAAAUACAGAGGCGAGUGCACGUGUAGGUUACUUACUCAUUCACUUCUGUACCUAACCACCAUAGAGCGGGUCCCAUCCCCAACCUGAACACAUAACGCGACAUAUAACGGGCUCUAUAGAUAGCGUGAUCAGCUCCCAACCUCAUGUAUACACAAUUUUAAAUCCAGUAAUCUACAAGACCACGCAAAUGCAUGCCAGGUAAUUAUUUUAAGAGAAACAGAGGUGGAUGAGGAAAUGCCUACACUUAUACCAUGUGUUUGUGGCAUCGUGUUAAAGAGAAGGAGAGAAAAGGAGAAAGAGAGUGGCGGACUAUAUUCAGUGAAUAAAUUGCUAACAGUUCUGAACAUAAACUGCAGGGAUCUAGUUAGAGAGUUGGGAGAGCUCAUUCUAUCUGUCCACCAUGCUGCUAUGGAACGCUGACAGGCUCAUAAUCCAUACUGUUCAUUCGGUCAUGCAGUGCUAAUCUAAGAUCCCUUGCAGGUUGGAGAUUAACUAGUAGCAGAGAGAGAGAGAGAGAGAGGCAGUGACCAUAGAUUUAGGCCAAUAGCAUCACAGGGCAAACACUGGCCAGGGACAGGAGAGAAAGAGCGGUAGAAAGACAAGAGAAGGAGAGAGAGUGGGCGCCAUACAGACACACACUCCACAUAUCACAACACAUACACAUUGAGACAAACGCUAGGAAUCCAGAAACUACGCCCACAAGCUAGUUUUACAAAGACAAGGAUGGCCACCACGAUUUCUGCCAGUAUCUAGUGAAGCCCACCUGAAUACAACUCUACAGUCCGGAGUUGACACAUUGUCCACCUGCUCAGCGUGUCCAGCUAAACCCACUGCCCUGGACCUGCUGCGGGGGACACAGACUGGGAGAAGGAGGAGAGAGGGGAACAAGAGGACCAGUGCCAGGUCAGGAAAGAGACUCGAGCGGCACCUCCGAGGAGCUAUGAGGACAGCCAGGCGGGCCAGCACCGUGGAGGUGCCCUCCUUCCUCCGCCAGCUAGCCAAGGAGACAGAGAAGAUGGUCACCUUCUUCUUUAAGGGGGGACAGAGAGAUGGCCAGGAGGGGAGCGAAGAGGACUUCAGUGAUGAGGAUAACGGGCCGAGUGUCUACCUGGACCGGCCCGUCCUGGAUAAACACACGGCCGAGGGGAGGUCUCAGUGGGGGGUGAACUAUGCAACGGCCAGCAUGCAGGGCUGGAGGGCGCAGAUGGAGGACGCCCACACCUGCAUGCCGGAGAUGGGAGGGGAGCUGGCGGAGUGGGGCUACUAUGCAGUGUUUGAUGGACACGCUGGCAACACGGUGGCACAGUACUGCUCCCAUAACCUGCUGCAACACAUCCUCGCUACAGGGCGCGUAAAGGCACAGGAGGAGCCUGACGACGUGAAGGAGGGGAUCGUCGAGGGCUUCCUGGCCAUUGACAGCCACAUGCACACACUGACGCGCCAGGAAUGCUGGGAGCGCAGCGGCUCCACGGCGGCCGCCGUCAUGCUCUCGCCGCAGUACGUCUACUUCGUCAACUGUGGCGACUCACGGACGCUCCUCUGCCGCGACGGCCAGGUCAUCUUCUACACGGAGGACCACAAACCCUUCAACCCCAGGGAGAAGGAGCGGAUACAGAACGCGGGCGGCUCGGUGACCCAGCAUAGGGUGAACGGCUCCCUGGCCGUGUCCAGGUCCCUGGGAGACUUUGACUUUAAGGAGGUGGACUGGAGGUCCCAGACUGAGCAGCUGGUCUCCCCAGAGCCAGAGGUGUACGAGCUGGAGAGGUCCCCGCAAGACGAGUUCCUCAUAGUGGCUUGUGACGGAGUGUGGGACGCCAUCGGCAACGAGGAGCUGUGUGCGUUCGUCCACAGUCGCCUGCAGUUGUGCGAUGACCUGAGGGAGAUCUGCAACCAGGUCAUUGACCUCUGCCUCUAUAAGGGUAGUUUGGACAACAUGAGCAUCAUCAUCGUGACCUUCCCUGGUGCACCCCAGGUGUCACAAGAGGCCCUACAAAAAGAGGCCGAGCUAGAGACAAUCCUCGAAGCUAAAGUGGAAGAGAUUGUCAACUUGCUAAAGUCGCGGGACAAGGACCCAGACCUGCUGUACGUGAUGAAGUUUCUGGUCUCUGAGGACAUACCUGGCCUGCCACCAGGGGGAGGAGUCACCAGCAAAAGAGACUGUGUCAUCUCUGCAUAUCAAAAGUUUGUAACGCCCUUCAGAUCUCUGGAACCAAUGGUAGAAGACCAAACAUAGUGCAAGAGCGUGCCCUCUGUCUCACUAAACACAUAAGCGCAAACUGGACUACAAAAGUAACUAAGUUACUUCCCCCCCCCCCCCGACACGUAAUUGACACGUCGCAUUCCAGGACAUCGGAGGAUCUGAAGAGUCCAACUACUCGUAUCCAUGGAAAUGUGUUCUUCAGCCUCGCGUAUCCAUGGCGACCAUUUAGAAUUGGGGCCUCUGCUUUUCAGCUGAGCAAUCAGCCAAUAGCUAAAUAAAGAACUAUGGUGGGAGGGGGUGUGACCUGGGCCUGCCCUUAGCCAAUCGUCUCUUCUCUGUUCCUCAUUUGCACUGUCUAUCAAUAAGUCUACUGUAGCAUCAGAGAAUAUCAAAUAGUUAGCAUUAUUCCAGUAAGGGAAGAAUUACAUAUUCCAAAACUAUUCUUUAAAAUACAUGAUAAUUAGAUAUAAUAUUUAUUAACUUUCUCACUUUACACUUUACAGUGCCUGGGUAGUUCAUUUUCUUCAAGACUAGAAGCUUAUGAAUAAGGCUGAUCAUGUUACUUCAUUUAAAAAUCAAACAGAUAUGUUUCAGCAGUGUGCAACUCCAUACUGCCGCAUCAAAUUCAAUUGAAAAAAAACACCCCUUCAACCAUUGCAGACCAGCGAAGGCUCCGAUAUGCAUGUGUCCUGUGAUGGCAUGGCCUACACUAAAUAAUCUGCAGAAUCCUGUGAGGGACCAUAGGUGACAGGAAUAGAUGUGUGUCAUGACGAUGAUGGACACCACAUCAUAUGUCCAAGGGUGUGUGAAUGUGUGUGUGUGUGUGUGAGUAGAUAACAUGGGCUGUGGGAUUAUUAGCACACACACUGUAACCUGUUGCAGUUUGGAGCACAGACGCUGACAGUUAGACACGAUUUAGACCCGUGUGACAGGUAAAGGAGUACAGCUACAGGUAAAAUGUUCUUCUGCUUUUGAAAAUAAGCGGGUUUUUGCCGUUAGCACGUUUUUCUUUUCGAUACAUGUCAUUGUGCUGCUUUACAAAGCUCUCUGUUGCUGUACGGUUACUUUAUUCCUCCUUCGGAUCACACCAAACGGGUGGACAUAGUAGCUGUAUUCCAUGACAGAGGUCAGAGGUCAAAAAGAGCUAGACUCGAGAUGCUGCGGCAUGUCUGUGUGAAUUCUAUGGAAUCGGGAGGAAGUGGGAUCAAAGAGCGCAACAGAUUACCAUCAGGACUUUCACAAAUGUAUGUCAGUGAUUUGAUGACUGUAUGGGCAAGCCCUUAACUGACCCAAGGGGCAAUAAAUGAAUGAAAUAAAAUGACAUUCUGGGAUUUUUGAUAGAGCGGAGUGGGCUCUUACUCCUAAAAUGUUUGAUAGAUACAGCACUACAGGGUUAGACUAAGGACCAAGGGAGAAGAAUACAAGACAGUUCCGUAACGACCCAUUGAUAUCGUUCCAGAACUGUCUUUUGGCCAGCUGUAUGCAUUUCAACCAGGGGCGUCGAAUGCGGGUUUUUCCUUUCAAUUAACCAGGUGAGGGGAGUUCUUUACU